GCUGUGCAUGCUGGGAACUCAGUCACUACUCUCCGUCAUGGCGGCCCGUGUCCUGCAGCAGUGUGUCCGCACGCUCGCCCGGCCCUCGCUGAGGCUGUCCUCGGGUAACCUGGCACUCAGAGCCGCUGCCGCCCCGGCAGCAGCCGUCCACCGACCGCUCUCCUUCGCCGCAGACAGCCGGAGGACGCGGUGGCUCGGACAGAGCCCGAUCCCCUCAGUGGGCGUGUUGUGCCGACAGUAUGGUGACCUGCCCCCCCUCACCCUAGAAACCAUCAAAGACCGUGUCAUGUAUGUUCUGAAGCUCUACGACAAGAUCAACCCAGAGAAGCUGCAGACAUCCUCCCACUUCAUGAAAGACCUCGGUCUGGACAGUUUGGACCAGGUGGAGAUCAUCAUGGCCAUGGAGGAUGAGUUUGGCUUUGAGAUCCCUGACGCAGAAGCAGAGAAGUUGAUGAGUCCUGAGGACAUUGUACAGUACAUCGCAGACAAGAAGGACGUGUAUGAAUAAUCUGCUCUUUAGUUCACCACAGAGAGGUUGACCCCUGCGUGACCCCACAGGAAGUACAUUUCCCACUUCCUCCCCGUCAGCUCUUCUGUCUCUUGCGGCAUCGUUGACGUCAGCUGCCGUGUCUCGUGUUUAACUGUAUUUAAAUGAACGUGUUUUGGGAGUUUGGAGAUAAAACAUUAAAAAAGGUUAUCUCACAGUUUUGAUUUUUUUUUUGUUUCUUCCAGCCCAACAACGUGGUUCCAAUGUAUAAUUUCACAUGAAUAGAUCAAUAAAUACACAUGCUGUAUGAUA